UGUUCUCAGUCCCUUCAAGCCCUGGCUACUCAUCGGGAUUAAUCGGACUCUUCUGCCACGUUGCUACUCGGUAAAUAUCGGGGAUGACCCGGUUACCCCACACACCCGCAGAUCCCAUCACAUAAAUUAGACAAGAAGCAGGUCUCUCAACAUUAUCAACGUGUCUGCCUGUCAACGUGCAAAUCACAGGCUGAGAUCACGCCAGGGAGCUUCGAGUCGCUCCAACUUUGACUUGACAGUCCUCAUUUACCAUGCCUCAACGACCUCAGGAGCUGGUCAAGUACCUAUCCACUCCUCUCCCUCAACUUCGCGAACAGUAUCCUCCUGGAACAGGUGGAACUGGUCCACGAAGCGAUUGGUCCGAGGGCACAUUGAAGACCGUUCAGGUCAUUGAUGAUUUCGAACAGCAAGUCAAAGACUACCUCUCCAAACAGACAAAGGAGCCUAUCAGCCCACACCCGAAUCACAAGUUCCCCAAGUUCUUACAGGAAAUCUCGAGCGUCCCAAAUGUGUUAAAAGCACCGGCAGAUCUCCAGAAAUGUCUUUCCACCCUCCCCCUGGCAGCUGUAGGGUCUGUUCUCACUGCGCUCGAUUCGGAUCCGGCAGACUUUGAGCAUGACCAACAGACGGGUAAAGCCAUCGAUGGUGCAGGCUAUGAGAGCGACGGCGGCGAACACGCACAUGCGACUGCCCAACCUCUCCGGGACCAAAAGACAAAGCCGUGGCAAUGGCGGUUCAACAAGUCCCCAAUGGGCUCCGGCGAGUUCCACUUGAUCAAGCGGGACUCUGAGGAUGUCAAACUGGUAGUUAGGACCAUCAACUCCAGCGCAUUUUCCGCUGAGGAUUGGAAGGAAUAUGUCGUCUCCGGAUCUUAUCACUACGACACGCGAUCCCGUGCCUCGUGGUAUUGGUCACGUUCGUGGGGUGCUACCAAGCGCCUCGGAUGUGAUUAUUGGGUCUUGACGGACUGGCAACGAUGGGUCUUUGGGAAGUUUGAUACUCCAAAAGAACACGGAUGGGUAUCGCCAAUCCUCAACUUUGAUAGCGAGAACCCUUCCAUCCUGCAAGCUCUUUUCUACUGGUGCAGAUCCGCGAUUGGUGAUACGAAUGGCUAUAAGGAGGAAUUGAAAGAUGUUUCCGGCUCUGAAAAGCUCUUCCCUGUCAAUCUCGGACGCAGGUCGUCCGUCAAGGGCAAGGACGCCUCCGGGACCAGAGUCAAGAGAGCCAAUGAGAGUGAUAUCGAGGAGAGUGAUGUCGAAGAAUGAUUACGAUCAUGGGGCUUUUGAAGACGCGGGCCUG